CUCCACCGCCGCCCUCCUUCCUCCUCACGACGCGGAAGCGGCCACUGCCGGGCCUAGUGCGGCUGCUGCUGAGGCGGCAAACGACCUCACUUCAGGCUGCUGUCGCCGGCCUCCACCGGCCCUGCUAUGCCGCCGCCGCAGCCCUCGCCUUCUCCCUCGCCGCCGGUGCCUCUGCAGCCCCUGAGCAGCUGCGGCCCGUGGGAGAUGCGCGAGCGGCUGGGCACCGGCGGCUUCGGCAACGUCCUCCGCUGGCAGCACAAGGAAACUGGAGAGCAAAUUGCAAUCAAGCAGUGUCGUCAGGAGCUCAGCCUCCGCAACCGAGAGAGAUGGUGUUUGGAAAUACAGAUCAUGAAACGUCUAAAUCACCCCAAUGUGGUGGCUGCCCGGGAUGUUCCGGAAGGGAUGCAAAAUGUUACACCCAAUGACCUACCCCUGCUGGCUAUGGAAUAUUGCCAAGGAGGAGAUCUUAGGAGGCAUCUGAACCAGUUUGAGAAUUGCUGUGGCCUGCGUGAGAAAGAAAUUCUCAUUUUAUUAUCAGACAUUGCUUCAGCCCUGCGUUACCUUCAUGAGAACAGAAUCAUUCACCGAGACCUGAAACCAGAGAACAUAGUUUUGCAACAAGGUGAAGAGAGGUUAAUACAUAAGAUUAUUGACUUGGGCUAUGCCAAAGAGCUGGAUCAAGGCAGCCUUUGCACAUCCUUCGUUGGGACUUUGCAGUAUCUGGCUCCAGAGCUGCUAGAACAACAGAAAUACACAGUCACAGUCGAUUACUGGAGCUUUGGUACGCUGGCUUUUGAGUGCAUAACCGGUUUCCGACCUUUCCUUCCCAGCUCGCAACCAGUACAAUGGCAUGCAAAGGUCCGACAGAAGAGUGAGCUGGAUAUUGUUGUUUUUGAAGAUUUGUCUGGAGAAGUGAAAUUUUCUAACAAACUGCCCUAUCCUAACAAUCUAAAUAGUGUUUUGGCUGAUAGACUGGAGAAAUGGCUACAGAUGAUGCUGAAAUGGCACCCACGUCAGAGGGGUACUCAUCCCGUGUACGGCACCAAUGGCUGUUUCAAGGCUUUGGAUGAUAUCCUGAAUGUAAAGCUGGUCCAUAUCCUAAACAUGGUAACAGGUUCAACGCACGUGUAUCCUCUAGCAGAGGGAGAGACUUUGCAGAGCAUAAAGAUUAAAAUCGAGGCAGACACUGGUAUUCCAGAGCAGAAUCAAGAAUUGUUACAGGAAGGAGGAUUAGUGUUAUUUCCUGAGAAACAUGAUGCUCAGUAUCUGACUGACAUAAAGCUGAAUGACGCCACUGCUGCUGAUACCAACCUUUUCUUCCUGUUUGAUGGCCGAAAAGUCGCCUAUGAGUCUCAGAUCUCCCCAAGGCCCCAUCCAGAAAGCAUAAACUACAUCCUUCAAGACCCCAAAAGGAACUUCAGCUUCUUGCAGCUGCGCAAAGUCUGGGGUCAGGUGUGGCAUGCCAUCCGAAGCCUGAACGAGGACUUCAAUCAGCUUCAGAAGGGUCAGCGAGCAGCAAUGCGGAACCUGCUGCGUCACAACAGCACUCUUUCCAAGAUGAAGAAUGCGAUGGCCUCGCUCUCCCAGCAGCUGAAGGCAAAGUUGGACUUCUUCAAAACCAGCAUCCAGAUCGAUCUGGAGAAAUACAACGAGCAAAUUGAAUUUGGAAUCACUUCUGAGAAACUGCUACUUGCUUGGAAGGAGAUGGAACAGACCGUUGAGCUUUGUGGAAGAGUAAGUUGCAAUUCACUUAAAAUCAGAUUUGCUACCGUAGAAUAAAUGUUUUCCCCUGCUCUUGUAUCAGCUGGCUGAGGUCACUAAAGGAAGAACCCUGGUUUGUUGAACACUUCAAGAUGAGUGGGCCUGCAUAUAACAUUAAUGAACAAAUCACAAUAUUGUUGAGUUCGGUGUGUGAACCGUGUCAUUGUUCUGUACAAGAGUUCUAUAUUCCUCUGCUUCUGUGGCAAAUAGGCUGAGACCAGAGGUGGUAUUUAGUUGAUUCAGACCGGUUCGCUCGAACCCGUAGUGGAAAUCGUGUGUGGGCCACCCACCCACCCUGGCUCUAUGUCGUCCUAUUUGAGCACAUUUUUGUGGCUGUGCGCGUGCGUGGAAGGGGCUCAUGCGAGCGAAGUGAGUGCACAUUUGUGCAACGUGCAUGCGAACUUUUGCGAACUGGUAGGGAAAGUAAGUGAAAAGCACACUUGGCUGAGACAGAAAGACAGCUUUAACCAAAGCUGCCUAGUGAAAUGUAAUGUUCACGAUGACAUCUGAUUCUGGAGGCUCUUUGGUAGUCUGUUACACCAACACCAUUGUUUGUGUUCUCGUUCAGAAUUUGUAAGCGGCAAGUAUUGCUAUCCCUCAAAAGUUUUCAACAUAUUCUUCCCAUCAGUGAUAGUUGUAGGUUUUUCCAUCUUUCCAUCUAUUAGAUGGAAUAGAUCUAUUUCUAUUUGUUUCCUCACCUUGUAAGAUAUCCUCCUUUAACGUUAUACACCUUGAUGUCAAUUGAAUCCCCAAAUAUUUCACUUUUUUCACUACCUGUAUGUCCAG